CGGUAAGGGGGACAAGUGCACGGCACAGCAUGACAGGCCACACAGUAAUGCAGGGGCACGGCAUACAGCAAGCACUUCACUGGGCUGCAAAGUGCAUGGCCUGAGCAAGGACAGGCAACACGGCGCAAACAGCGAGCAACACAGCGGGGGCAAGGGGUGGCAACGUCAUGAGGGUCAGCACACCUUGACAGUACGUGGUGCAGGGGAGUAUGAUAUGCAGCAUUGCAGACAACCAGCAGGAUAAUGCAUCACAAUGUGUGACAGCAGCCUGACACGCUACAGGCGGUGCACAGCAGGCACUGCCAUGCGCUGAGCAGGCAAGAUGUGGGUUGCAGAGGGGCCAGCCCCAGACCAGUGGAACCUGCGGGAUGGGGCUCAUGCUGGACACUUCCUGGCCGUGGCUGAGCACCUCCGUGCCACAGGACAGCUGGUGGAUGUGGCCGUGGGCCCAGAGGGUGACAUGGCCCAUGCUGUGGUCCUGGCCUCCAUCAGCUCCUUCUUCCACCGCUUCCUGGAGGGCAGGACCAGACAACUCCGCCAAGAUCCUCCACCCCAUGUCCCCCUGCCACCUGGGACUACAUUGUGGGGCUGGCGGGCUGUGCUUACCUUUGCCUAUGGGGGAAUUGUGCCCCAUGGCCGGGCAAAAGAGGUGGAGGAGGCUGCCCGGGCCCUGGGUGCCCCCCGGCUGGCGGCUGCCUGCGCCCUGCAUCUGGAGAUUGACCACCAGGAAGAAGGUCCUAAGCCCCUGGAGGAGCAGUGGGAGACACUAAGAGCCAUGGAGCAGCUCCAUGCCAAUGGUGUGGGUUGUGACCUCCAGCUCCAGGCAGGGAACGAGGUCAUCCCAGUUCAGCGACUGGCCCUGAGCUGCUCCUGUGACUUCUUCCGGGCCCUUUUCACCUGCCCCAUGCGGGAGGCCACCCACGACCCUGCCGAUCCGCUGGUCACAGGGCUGUCCCCAGCCGAGCUGCGUCUCCUCCUCUCCUUUGCCUACACAGGAGCUGUAGCAGGGCCAUGGUCCAUGGUCUUGGAGGCAGCUGAGACCUCCCUGCGCUACCAGGCCUGGGGGCUUCUCACUCUCUGCCUGGAUGUUUUCACCCGUGGCCUGACUCCAGAAACUGUCCCUGACGUGUUGGCCUUUGCUGUGGCCUAUGGGUUGGAUGAGGUGGUCCAUGUAGCAGAGAACUACAUCUUGGCCACCUUCCCUUGUGUGGUGGUUACACCAGCCUUCCUGGAUCUUCCUGCACACCUUCUCAUCCGCCUCCUCCGCUCUGAUGGUCUCAACGUCCUCCACGAACUGGAAGCCUUGGAAGCAGCAUCUCGGUGGCUUAUGGCCAAUGGAGACGGCCAGGAGGAUCUAGCCAAAGAAAUCCUGUCAUCUGUUCGCUUUGCCCUUAUGUCCAGCCUGGAGCUGAAGAAGGUCCCAUCUGUAACUGCAGGGGUAGCUGACCCAAAGAUCCUCCGCGAGCUCAUGGUAGCAAGUUUCACCCCCACGGCCCAGCUUCCGUGCCGGGUACGUUCCUUGCAGGAGGUCUUGGUGGUUUGUGGUGGAGACAAAGUAAAGGACAACCUGGCUGCCCGGAAGCCCAGCAGACACCUGUGGUUUGCAGACCGCUACCUCAGUGCUGUGGGGUUGGUGAAGCAGGUUGAGUGGCGGGCACUGGGACAUUUUCCUGAUGGCCCACGCUUCCGUCAUGCUGUAGCUGUGGUGGGCAACAACCUCUACAUCCUGGGUGGAAAGCACUACUACGGAGUCCAUGACACCCUAGCCAGUGUCUACAGGUACCAGCCUAUGGAUGAUUCCUGGGAGCGUCUGGCCAGUAUGACAUGUGGACGGAGCUACUUUGCUGCUGUGGCACUUGGUAAUUUCAUCUACGCCCUGGGGGGCAGCUCAGGGGAGCUGUACUGCACAGAUACUGUGGAGUGCUAUGACCUGGCCAAUGACACCUGGAGGCGGUGCCAGCCCCUGCCAAGGGCUCUGUGCGGGCAUGCGGCGUGUGCCCUGGACGGUGAGCUCUAUGUGUCGGGUGGCUGUGAUGAAGCAUAUCAGUGUCAGGCAGCCUUGCUCCGCUAUGUCCCAGGUGCACCUGUCACACUCCUGGCCCCCAUGAAUGGCCAGCGAGCUGGCCACGUCAUGGAGGAGGCAGGUGGGCAGCUCUAUGUGGCUGGGGGCCUGUGUCAGCGGACUGGGCAGACUGGCUACAGGGACCAGCUGACCUUUGAGGUUUACAGCCCCAAGCAGAACACCUGGGUCCUCCUCAGCCCCCUCCCCCGUGCACAUGUAGUUGGGGGUGCAGCUGUACUGGGAGGGGAACUGCUUGUACUGGGAGGGUACAGUCAUGAGACCUACCAGGACACGCACUUGAUCCAUGCCUAUCAACCGGGUACCCGGCGCUGGAUCACCCGAGGAACAUUGCCCCAUGCCUACACUGACCUACAAGCCUGUGUUCUCACUGUACCCCCUGCCUUGCGUGCCCCCAGCUCCCUUAAGGACCCCUUGAGAUCAACAGAAACUCCCAAUAAUGCUUAGUGCAUUAAUUAAUUGCAAUAAUACUCUCUGCACCCCAUACUGGGAUACCCAGGUAGCAUUCAUGGAUACCUCUAUAACAAAAGUGUCCAGAUCCCUCCCCAGAGUGGGUUCUUUCUGUGGUUUCCAGCAACCCUUCACCCUCAGGAUACAUGACCUAGACUGUUGUGUACUUGUGGAACAUAAAGAUUCCCCACACUGUAGCCCUGUGCCUCCAGGAAUACUCAGUCCCCUUGUCUGAGCCCUUCGCUGGGAGCUGGGA